UCGACUCUUAGUCAGUAGCUCGUGCGAUUUUAAAGAGUUUGGCUGCAAUUCACGUGCGGUUGCGCCAAAAAUUUAUUCAGUGGAGAUAGAAAACGGUUCGAAGGACAUAACGCAAAUGUGGACUAGAAAUAUAAAAUAGGAUUGUGAAAUUUAUUGGUGACAUUCACAGAUACGUUUGGUUUGAGAGAAGUUAUAGUGCAGGAUAUUGAGUGGAUUGGAAGAAGGACAAGAAGGAUUUUCCUAUCCUGAAUUCAUUGCUUUUGGAUACUUCACGUUUUAUAUAAAAGUUAUGCGACGUAUUAAGAGAUAAUAGCACUACAAAUGUUUUCUACGGAUUUCAACCCUAUCAGUAGGAAAGCCAAAAUGUCGAACAUUCUUAGGAAUUUUCAUACAGUAAUAGUAUGGAUUCUUAUAAGUAAUAUUUUAACAGCAUUAGCACAAACCACAUGUAACAAUGGCCUGGGAAGAGUCCUCUAUGAACGUCUUCCAAACCAGCAAUUACAAGGAUUCGAUGAUGAUAUUUUCCGCGACACUGCCCCACCAUUCCGAGUUCUGGAGAAAUGUCAGGAUCUCUGUCUUCGAGAUCGGACCUCCGCCAAUAAUUUAGUCCGAGUAUGCACGAGUUUUGACUUCCAACCGGGAAGCAGAAUCGCUUCCUUUAGCGGAAGUGCAGAAUAUGAAGAAUCAACCUGCUACCUAACAAGAGAGCAAGCUGCACCAGAAGGGAUUGGUAAUUUGAUGCUGGUCCCGAAUAGUGUUCACUUCGUUGAAGUUUGUCUAACUUCAAGCCGUCCCGAAAGAGAAUGCCCCAGCCGACGUUAUGUGUUUGAAAGGCAUCCAAGGAAGAAACUAAAACUGCCCAUCUCAGAUAUUAAAGAAAUAACUGCCGCAAAUCGUUCAGACUGUGAAGAUAAAUGUCUUAAUGAAUUCUCAUUUGUAUGUCGAUCAGCGAAUUAUGAUUCAAACCUGCGCACCUGUAGUUUAAGCCGCUUUACUCGAAGAACACAUCCUGAACUUCUAGAAGACGAUGCAAACUCGGAUUACUUAGAAAACACAUGCCUAAAUGCCGAAAGAAGAUGUGAUGGUCUUGCUGUCUUUGUAAAAGAAGAGAACAAACGUCUCGGCGGACCAUUUGAGGUGGACAUAUUCAACAAUAUGACCUUAGAGGAAUGUCAGACCAUGUGCCUGAGAGCGGAAAAAUACUUUUGUCGCUCGGUUGAAUUCGAUGACCAAACCAAACAAUGUAUUCUAUCCGAAGAAGAUUCAAUUUCUCAAAAGGACGACAUAAGUAUCAGUUCCAGUCCAACACAUCACUUCUACGAUUUAGUGUGCCUCGAUAACCGUAAGUACCCCCAAUUGAUUUCAAACUGCCGCAAGGUGAACUCCAUUAAAAUAAAUCAUGUUAAAUUCAUUAUUAGUACCAUAACCGCUCCCGUAACUCAAUACAUCUUAUCACCCACAGAACGAGGCACCGAUUACCCAGAUAAUUCAGUAACCUCCCAUCUGUUCUCGAGUGGCCGCAGACCAGAUACCGCCUUCCAACGAUACAGAAACUCAAGGCUCGGCGGAGAGUUCCACUCUGAAAUUACAGGACGAUCCUUGAGCGAAUGUUUAGACGAGUGCUUGCGGCAAACGAGUUUCCAAUGCAGAUCGGCCGUGUACAGCGAUCGAUUCAGGACGUGUCGUCUGAGCAGGUAUAAUCAGCGGGACGGAAUGAGGAUUAUUUAUGACGCCGAUUACGACUACUAUGAAAAUUUAAUGCUGAAUGUUGUUGGAAGCGGAGAUGAUGAUCGACAAAAUCAGCGUCCAGAUGCCGGAAGUGGCGAUCGAGAUAGAUUCCCUGGUAAAUACCCCUCAACCGAUGGCAAAUAUCCCUACGACAAGCAUCCCAUGAGCCCAGACUAUGAUCGUUAUCCAGCUGACAAAUAUCCAGGAGACAGAUAUCCAGCUGGCGACCGCUACCCACCUGGUUCAGAUAGAGAUCGUUUGCCAGGGGGAGACCGUUAUCCACCUGGUGGAGAUCGCUACCCUACAGGUGGUGAUCGUUAUCCAGGAGGGGGUGACCGCUACCCGCCUGGUGGAGAUCGCUAUCCUGGUGGUGGAGAUCGCUAUCCUAGUGGCGGUGAUCGUUAUCCAGGAGGAGGUGACCGCUACCCAAGCGGUGGUGAUCGCUAUCCCAGCGGAGGAGAUCGCUACCCUGGGGGUGACAGAUAUCCUGAUAUGGACAGAGAUCGAUAUCCCGGAAUGGAUCGUGAUCGUUAUCCCGGUAUGGAUAGAGACAGGCCGCCAGGCAUGGAUCGCGACAGAUACCCAGGCGGUGAUCGUGAUAGAUAUCCAGGUAUGGAUAGAGACAGAUAUCCUGGAAUGGACAGAGAUAGAGAUAGGUAUCCGGGGAUGGGUGGUAUGGACAGAGAUAAAUUCCCGCCAGAUGAAAAAUAUCCGCCAGAAGAAUUUUAUCCCGGCGACAAAGAUAAAGAUCGAUAUCCAGGCGGUUAUGAUCGUGACCGUGAUCGUGACCGAGAUCGUUAUCCAGGUGGAGGUGGUAGAUAUGCCGAUAGAGAUCGUUAUCCCGAUAGAGAUCGUUAUCCAGGUGGAGGUGAUAGAUUUCCCGAUAGAGAUCGUUUCCCGCCCGAGCGAUAUCCGCCAAUCACUGACAAUAGAUACCCGGACGAUGGUUAUAGGCCGUUACGUCCAGACAUCGGCGGUAGAGACUAUUACGCCUUCCAUCAAUUCUCAGAGCGUUUCUCCCCUCACUCCCGUUAUCCAGGUGGAGACCUCCCAGAUAGAUAUCCUCCCGGACGUUUCCCACCCCGUUAUCCUCCCCCAGGAAUUGAUGGACCACCAGACGGUCGAUUCCCAGACAGCAGAUAUCGUCCUUCGUCUUAUCCUAUUGAUGGCCCUCCUGGCCGGCCUGGAUAUCCUCCUUUGGAACCAGGGCGAUUUGCACCUCCUGAGCCACCAAGAAGAUACCCUCCAAUAGAUAUACCUGGAUCCCGAAGACCGAUAGUCGAUCCAGGACGUUACCCAGAUUCAGAUAAGCCAUAUCCUCCUCCAACAGGUGAUAGUAAGUUCCCUCCUACAUCUCCUAAUCGAUUCCCAGUGGGUAGUGAUAGAUUCCCCGUUGAUAUUUACAAAUAUGGCAACAGAGAACGAUUCCCAAGCGGAUCAGGCUAUGACCGCUUCCCGCCACCACCAUCCUAUUACGACCUAGAAUAUGAUGACCGAUUCAGCAGCGAUAGACGCUAUGGAGGACGACGAGGUUAUUCGAGUUACGGCUCUUCAUAUGAUCGGGAAUAUGACGGAGGCUUCAUACGACGUCCCAUACCUCCAGGCGGCGCUGGGUACCCACAAUUUGAACCCCCUUAUCGACCUUCACCUCAAUCAGGCUACGAUAAUACAAUAAAUGCUAUCUCUGGUGAUGGAUUCGGCGGGUAUGGUCCCAUUCGACCACAACCAACGCGAUGCGAUGAUAUGGAGAACUUCAAGCAGAUGGCAUCACGCCGCAAAAUGAGAAGACAAUUUAUCCGGAAAUCAUUCACGGUUCCUACUCUGUUGCAAUGUCAAAGGGAGUGUAUAGACUCAAGAGAGUUCUUCUGUAGAAGUUUCAAUUUCAGAGAAUCUAUUGGAUCAUAUGAUGAUCGUGACUUGCCGAAUUGCGAGCUAAGUGAUCGCGAUACCCGGGAAUUGGACCUACAAAACCCUAAUAUGUUCGAUUCGGCUGCGUACGACUACUAUGAAAGGAGUGCUGGUCGAAAUGGAUAUGAUGGUGAAUGUCUUGAUGUCUCCCAAGUUUGCAGCGAAGAUGGCAUGGAAUUUACACUAAGAACACCUGAAGGUUUUGUUGGAAGGAUAUACACUUACGGAUUCUAUGACAGGUGCUUCUUCCGUGGCAAUGGUGGAACAGUAAAUGUCCUAAAAAUAAGUGGACAACAAGGAUAUCCAGAGUGCGGAACACAGAAGUAUGGCGACACCCUCACAAACAUCGUCGUCGUCCAAUUCUCUGACCAUGUACAAACGAGCCGGGACAAGAGAUUCAAUUUGACCUGUGUCUUCAGAGGACCUGGUGAAGCCGUAGUCACAUCUGGAUAUAUCGGAGCCGGUUCUUACGAUCCCGACAGAUCUGGAAGUCCAAUACCUAUAGAAUAUCUCCCAGCGGAGAACACGCUCAGCUCGAAGGUCCGUUUAAUGAUCCUAUACCAAGGAAGGCCCACAACAACAAUUGCCGUUGGAGAUCCUCUCACAUUCCGUCUGGAAGCUCAGGAGGGAUACAACCAAGUUACCGACAUAUUUGCCACCAAUGUUGUUGCUCGCGAUCCUUAUUCAGGAAGAAGUAUACAGUUGAUCGAUAGAUUCGGAUGUCCUGUCGAUCCAUUCGUUUUCCCUGAACUAGACAAACUGCGUGAUGGGGACAUUCUGGAAGCAAGAUUCAAUGCCUUCAAGAUUCCUGAAUCCAAUUUCUUAGUUUUCGAAGCUACAGUCAGAACCUGCCGAGAGGGAUGCCAACCAGCCUAUUGUCCUGGACCCUCUGGAAGGUCAGAACCGUCAUUUGGAAGGCGUCGCCGAUCUCUGAAUGAAACUGAAAAUGAAAUAACGACCGAGGAGAACGUCAUAGAAGUUAAUGGCACUAUUUCAAAUGACUCCGAUACAAAUAAAACUGAAAGUAUGAACGAAAUAAUAUCGGAGGAGCCAGAGCACGUUAGGGAGAUGAUUGAGAAUUGCGUAUAUAAAUUGCAGGUCUUUGAAACCCGAGAUGAAAUCGAACAAGAAUCCUUUGCAAGGAAGCUGGUCGCACCUAUUGAAACUGUCUGCAUGACUCCUUCAGAAUACCAUGGACUUAUUACCGCCGUAAUUCUGCUGAUGAUACUUUUGUUCAGCAUCACUUUAGUGGCUGGACUCGCUUACAGACGUUACUGGAAGAUUAUGUCAAAAAAUCGUGUAGCUGAUCGCUCCUCCCCAGUGAACUCAUUUGUACCAUCUACGAUUCGCACCCAUGAACCCUUCCAUGAGCCAAGUCAAAGUACUGCAUCGCGGAGAGCAGCAAAUCUGAAAGCAAGUGGUAUAUCCUUCUUUGGAAAUGGACUGCAGAAAACUUUUGCAACGGGAAAUUUGUCCAGGAUGUGUCAGAUACCGGUUGUGAACCCAAUUCGAAAUAAUGCGAAUAAUUUUGAUGAUCCAAGUGAACCUAUCUAUACUGAUCCAUCGCUAUUUGAACGAUCAAGAUCGCUUCGAAGUCUGUCAGAAGAGGGACGAGGCAAUGAAGUUUAAAAGCAAUGCACCCGGCCUUUCUCUACCCUUGUAAAUAGAAUAAAUCUUUUUUAUGAUAUCCGUAACUUACAUUAUUGUAAUUCAAAUAGGAUGGAUUUGAAUAAAUAUCUACUGCAAGAAACAGAUAUGAAAUAAAAAUUUAAAAGAUAUAAUAACAUUUAUAUGCAAUUAUUAGAAACUAAGUAACUUUUGCUAUCUUGCUAUUUGGAAUAUGAUAAAGUUCUCUAAUAUUUUAUAUAAUUUCUUUAAUAGUAAUGUAAAUUUAAUGAAAAAAAGCUCACAUUACAGAUAACUGUGAUUUUAACUCCAUUUUUAUUUGCAGUAAAUUAUGUGACUUUGCAAUCAUGAUGCUAAUUAUACCAAAGAAUAUUAAAAGGAAAAUAUAUCAUUGGAAGGAAAAACAAGGAACUAUUAGGAAUUUUUUAGAACAUUUCAAUUUGAUUUAACAAAUUUUUUUUUAAGAAUAUUAAAUAAAAUUUUCCAAUGAAAACAUCUAUAUGAUUAAUGAUUAUUAUAUGAUUAAUGGAAUUAUUUUAUUAAAAAAAUGGUACUUCUCCUAAUUCUAUAACAGCCUUUGCAGCAGCUUUUGAUUUGAAAGGUAUCUUCCAAAUAUAUUGUCCAUUUCAUUUUUACUUUUCCUUUCCGUGAAAAUAAUGGGCACACGGGAAAACCAUAAACGAACCAUAUAUAAAAUAGAUAUCAAAGGAAAUCAUGGAAUUAUUGAAAUUUACAAAAUAUAUUCAAAUCGAAAAUUAUAAUUCUUUAAAUUUUUCAAAUAUUAUAGUUGGCAUAUUACUGUAGUAUUUACUUUAUAUUUUAGAAGCUGCUAUUAUAUUAUAUAUUAUCUUUUCCAACAACCGCAAAAGCAACAAUCUUUCCAAGUUCCUUGUUAUUAUCAUUUCAGAUACAAUUUAUAUUUUUCAUUUACACUACGUAUAAGAACAUGCAUGCACCGUCGUCUGCUUUCUUUGAAUUUACCAUAAUAUUAUUGCAAUUUAUUCCCUACAACAUUUACGACCCCAAAACAAUCAACAUAAACAUUUUUGUCUUUAAAUUAUAAGUAUUACGUCUUAAUUAUGCAUACGUAAACACAUGAAUACAUAUGGGUGAAAUUUUGGAUAAAGCAAAUUGGAAAUUUUAUUUUUUAAUAAGUUAUUUAAGUGAAUUGCUGUAGUUUUUUUAGAAUGAGAAUAAAUAUGAUUUU